GUCAUGCCAUGGUAGAGGAAAUGAAUGCUUUGGAUCUUAAUGGUACUUGGGAUUUGGUAGACUUGCCUACAGGGAAGAAGUCUAUUGGAUGUAAGUGGGUCUUUGCUGUUAAGGUUAACCCAGAUGGAUCUGUUGCUCGAUUGAAAGCUCGAUUAGUUGCGAAGGGUUAUGCUCAAACCUAUGGUGUUGACUAUUCUGACACUUUUUCUCCUGUUGCUAAAUUAACAUCUGUCAGGUUACUUAUUUCACUCGCCGCAACUCAUGAUUGGCAGUUACAUCAGUUGGACAUUAAAAAUGCAUUCUUGCAUGGUGACCUUCAAGAGGAAGUUUAUAUUGAGCAACCUCCGGGAUUUGUUGCUCAGGGGGAGUAUGGGAAAGUUUGUCGACUUCGCAAAUCUCUUUAUGGUUUGAAACAGAGUCCUCGUGCAUGGUUUGGGAAAUUCAGUCAAUCUAUUGAACGGUUUGGAAUGAUAAAAGGUCAAUCAGAUCACUCUGUCUUUUACAGAAGAACGAAAGCAGGUAUUUUGGCCCUUAAGAAUUUUCUUCAUAGCCAAUUCCAAACAAAAGACCUAGGCUCGUUGAAAUACUUUCUGGGUAUUGAGGUAACACGGAGUAAGAAAGGUAUAUUUCUAUCUCAGCGUAAAUAUGUACUUGAUUUACUAGCUGAAACAGGAAAAAUGGGAGCAAAGCCAAGCACGACUCCCAUGGUUCCCAAUGUGCAACUCACUCAAGAAGGCAUACCAUUCGAAGAACCAGAAAGGUACAGAAGAUUGGUUGGAAAGCUUAAUUAUCUUGCAGUCACCCGUCCAGACAUUGCUUACUCUGUGAGCGUUGUGAGUCAAUAUAUGUCAUCUCCGAUCAUUGAUCAUUGGGCUGCUGUAGAACAUAUAUUAUGUUACUUGAAAGGAGCACCAGGACGCGGGAUUGUCUAUCAAAAUCAUGAUCACUUGAGAAUAGAAUGUUUUGCAGAUGUUGACUGGGCCGGAUCUAAAGAUGAUCGAAGAUCUACCUCGGGCUAUUGUGUCUUUAUUGGAGGGAACCUAGUAUCAUGGAAGAGUAAGAAACAGAGUGUGGUUUCUCGUUCGAGUGCUGAAUCAAAAUAUCGAGCUAUGGCGCAAUCUGCAUGUGAGAUCAUGUGGAUAGGCCAUUUAUUGAGUGAAAUCGGAUUGAAGACACCAAUGCCUGCUAAAUUGUGGUGUGAUAAUCAAGCUGCCAUACACAUUGCCAACAACCCAGUAUUUCAUGAGAGAACAAAGCAUAUUGAGGUUGAUUGUCAUUUUAUUCGAGAGAAGAUACAGAAAGGAUUGAUCUCUACGGGAUAUGUGUAGACUGGAGAACAACUUGGAGAUUUGUUCACUAAAGCACUAAAUGGGAUCCGAGUUGGUUACUUAUGUAACAAGUUGGGCAUGAUAAAUAUCUAUGCUCCAACUUGAGGGGGAGUGUGAAAG